GAAGACGACGAUUUGCAGAAGCCGCUGAUACAUACAUUGUGCACACAUAGAAUGGCUCCCAGAACGAAGAGCAGUCGGAACCCGGAUUUGAUACGCGGCGUGGGUAAGUAUUCACGGUCGCAAAUGUAUCACAAGCGUGGUCUCUGGGCUAUCAAGGCCAAGAACGGCGGCGUUUUCCCCAGGCACGAUGCCCAGCCCAAACCCGAGGCUCCAGCCGUCAAGCCACCCAAGUUCUACCCUGCCGACGAUGUCAAGAAGCCUCUGCUUAACAAGCGCAAGCCCAGGCCCACCAAGCUCAGGGCCACUAUUACACCCGGAACUGUUUUGAUUAUAUUGGCUGGCAGGUUCAAGGGCAAGAGAGUCGUCUUUCUUAAGCAGCUUCCUUCUGGCCUCCUCCUCGUUACUGGUCCAUUUAAGAUUAAUGGUGUCCCUCUGAGGCGUGUAAACCAGGCAUAUGUAAUUGCUACCUCAACUAAAGUCAACAUAGAUGGGGUUAAUGUUGAAAAGUUUGAUGACGAAUACUUUGCCAAGGAAGUGGAAAAGAAGAACAAGAAAGGAGAGGGAGAGUUUUUUGAGGCCGAGAAAGAUGAAAAGAAGACCCUCCCACAAGGAAAGAAGGACGAUCAACAAGCUGUGGAUGCUGUUUUAUUGAAAUCCAUUGAGUGUGUCCCAGAUUUGAAAACCUACCUGAGUGCAAGGUUUUCCCUUAUGUCAGGAAUGAAACCCCAUGAACUAGUUUUCUAAUUGGUCCAAGUAUACACAAGUGCAGUUGUAUCAUUUACCUUUAUAAGGGAGGUGAAUACCCUAGUUUUGCAAUGUACGGGGAUUUUUCUCAUACAAUAUUAUGCUUGUUUAUGCAAUUAAAUUGAGAGUCUGUUUUUUUUUUGUCUUGCUAAUUACUAAGAUAACUGAUACUCUGAUAAGGGAAGCUUUUCUGCUUGAUUGCAGUGGGUUGCGAUUAAUGACAGCAUUUUGCUUUCUUA